AUGAAGGGCUUCUUGCUGCUGGCGCUGUCCCUCACCUUGCUGACUGUCUUCUCAGAGGCUUCCCCGAUUCUGACGGAAAAGCAGGCUAAGCAGCUCCUGAGAUCCCGGCGCCAGGACCGGCCCAGCAAACCCGGCUUCCCCGACGAACCCAUGCGGGAGUACAUGCACCACCUCCUCCGCCUGGAGCACCGAGCUGAGGAGCAGUUCCUGGAGCACUGGCUGAACCCCCACUGCAAGCCCCACUGUGACAGGAACUUGGUCCAUCCUGUCUAAGGGCUCGGGCCAGCUCCGCAGCCAUUCAGAUAAACAUCAGCCUGGAUGAUGGCAGAACAGAACACGCAUCUCCUUUCAUCUUUUUGUCCCAUGGAAACGGG